AUGGCUCCUAAGAAAGAGACCGUCCUGAAGCUCACUUCCUUCCGUUACAAGAAGGAAGGCAUCUCGGAGAAAGACUUCCAUGACUACGCCAGCAAGAGUCAUGCUCCCAAGGCUGCCCUGGUCCAGGCCCGCCACGGUGCUCUGAAAGUGGUUCAGUAUCACACCCCCAGCACCAGCAAGCAGCUCAUCAGGGACAAGAUCCCCUGGGCUAUUCGUUCGGGUUGGGAGAUCGACGACCAUGACAUCCAGGUGUCGGUCUGGGUCCGCAACACGGAAACCAUGCAGGCCAUCGUCAUGGACCCGGACUUCCAGGCUCUGGUCGCAGGAGAAGAUGAUAUCUGCGAUCAAAACCGAGCUAAAGUGACCGCGGGCUGGGAGGAAGUGUUUGUCGAGGAUGGCAAGGUCGUGGAAGCUGAUUACGGUACUUACGAAGAGCGGAUUAGUGCGGGUUCUGGCAGCGUUGUCACGGAUGCUCCUGAGGGAAUCCGCAUUUGA